GCAGCACUCAGAGCUCACAGUGGCUGGCAGCGUAAGAGCAGAGGAGGGCGGACGGACCGAGGCGGCACCAGCGCUGAACGCACUCCGUGUGAUCGUCGCCACUCUCCCUCCGCGGAUUAUUCGUCGACUCCGUCCUCCGUUUCUCCUUCCGCGCCGCGCUCUCUUCGUCCGAAGGCCUGUCACGCGCGGAGGAGCGGGUGUGCGCUCACUGGCGGUUCACACGGCGGCGUGCGUGUGUGUGUGAGUGUGUUUUUCUCCCCCCAUGGCUGGCUGGAAGGACGGCUCCGUGCAGGAGAAGUAUCGCCUGGUGGUGGUCGGAGGCGGCGGCGUCGGCAAGUCGGCGCUGACGAUCCAGUUCAUUCAGUCGUACUUCGUCACUGACUAUGACCCCACGAUCGAAGACUCGUACACAAAGCAGUGUGUGAUCGACGAGAGGCCUGCGCGGCUGGACAUUCUGGACACGGCUGGGCAGGAAGAGUUUGGGGCCAUGAGAGAACAAUACAUGAGAACAGGGGAGGGCUUCCUACUCGUCUUCUCUGUCACCGACCGGGGAAGCUUCGAGGAGAUCUACAAAUUCCAAAGACAGAUUCUGAGGGUGAAGGACCGAGAUGAAUUUCCCAUGAUCCUCGUGGGGAACAAGGCUGAUCUAGAGCUCCAGAGACAGGUGACUCAAGAGGAGGGUCAGCAGCUGGCUCGGCAGCUCAAAGUCACGUACAUGGAGGCUUCAGCCAAGAUCCGCAUGAAUGUAGACCAAGCUUUCCACGAACUGGUUCGAGUCAUUAGGAAGUUCCAGGAGCAGGAGUGCCCACCUUCACCGGAGCCAACACGCAAAGAGAAGGACAAGAGCGGCUGCCACUGCGUCAUCGUCUGAUUGGCCUUUCACCGCCGCCACUCACCCAGCUGCUGUCACCAGUCCCCGCCCCUCCACCCUGCCUUCUGACAUCACAUCCUGCGUGGAUGAAUCGCUGCCUUUCUACACGUGCAUGUCUUCAAAAAAGAAAAAAAAAAGAAGAAAAAAAAAAAACAGCAGUCCUUCUCAUAGCCUUAUCAGGGAUCUCCUGGAUCUCUGGGACUUCACUACUAGAAGAACCAAACUGAAAAAAAAAAAACAAAAACAAGAUUGAACUCACCAUUCUACCUUCAGAUAGUGUACUGACAUCAUCAUGACCUUAAACGCUGAUAGAGUAUAACCGUGUCCCAACACUAAACACCGCUUCUUGAAGGUGCGCUAAAAUGUUUUCAUUUUUAUUUUGUUUUGUAUUUUGAAGGAUUUUAUUUCGUUGCCUUAUAGUGACGUUGUUUUGAGGUGAUGAAGUGACUAAAAAUAUCGAACCAACUUGGGAAUUUCAAAGGCUUUUAGUCACCAUUUUCUUUUUCUUCUGGAGAGCGAUAGAGUGAGAUGAUCUUCUGAAGCUUUGUGCGUGUUGUGCCACAUCUCUUUUUCUCUCAUGUGCUAAUCAGCUACUGUACAUAAAGUGAAAAUCUGUGUGAGUUUGAAACGCCUUUAUGAUGCCAUAACUCAGUUGCUACGGUGUGAAGUUGAUGAGCUCGGCUGACAUGCAUUAAAGUGAAAUGUGUUUGAGUAUGUAAUGUACAUAAAUAGCCCUUAACCUUAUGCCAUCUGUUCCCCUUUGUCAGCAACGAAACCUGUGCUGCGUUUGACCGGCUCGAGUCAUGACGGCACAUUCGCGCUUCUGUUGAAAUUCCGGUUUGAUUUCUUUCAGUUGGGUUGGUGUGAAAUCGUCUGGUGUAUUUUACUACCUGUUGUCGGCGGAUUGUUCCAAGUGUCUUUGCUCAGACUUCUACAGACUGUUCUCACACUCAGGUUGCUCUGUACACCGUGUUCUUACCGUGUUCUCUCCGUGUUCGUGCUUCGCCAACAGUUCACAAUAGACCUUCAGCACUGAACCAGGUACCUCCUCAUGGACCAUCACCAAUUUGCGCCGUGGCCAUAUAGCGACCCAGAGACGUCAUCUCUGAAACAAUUGUAUUGUUUUUUCUGGCCUUACUUCUGGAUUAAUUUUUUUUUGUUAAUUUUACACUGAUAGUAUUCUGUUUUGUGUUUGUGUGAUACACAACACACACACACACACACGUUCACACACACACACACACACACACACACACAUAUAUAUACACUGCUUGGAAACGGUUUCAAGGGGAACGUCAUACUGUAUGUAUUGAAGUCAUCACUUUCGUUCACUUAGAUCAAACAUGGGAGGUGUUUUCUGGCAGGUGCAUCUGAGGCGGACUCCUUUUAGCGUGGACAGUCUGCGUUGUGGUCAGGCACUGAGGAGAACACGAGAUGUCUGGGAUCUUCUCUCGGACCUUGUUCUGUAACAUUUAUCACUGGCUACAUAAUCGGACAGGUAACCAUUUUUCUCCUGACUCCGUGCCCCGAGGGUUCACAUCACUAUUGCUCCGUAUAAUUUUUUUUGUUUGUUUUUGUUUUUUGGUCUUCCUUUUGUUUUGUUUUUUCCAUGUAUGUAUUUCUGUAUGAGGGAUACAAAUAAACUAUUUUAGCUUUGUGUUUUAUCAUCAUGUAAUAUAAGAUAAAAAGAUGGAAGUGAUCCUUUGAAUGGACAUGAUUAAAUGUUUUUACUAUAUACUUUUAUACAUUAUUUUCUUAUCGGACUAGUUAACAAGUAUUUUUAUAUGUUUGUAAGUGCAAAUGCUCUCAUGGCACAACUGUGUGUAUAUGUAAAGAGGAGUAUUUAAUUCUCUCAGUUUGUUUUUUUAACUGAAAAAAAAGAAAAAUAGAACAGACUAAAGGCCAACUAGAGGUCUAGAGCUGGGAACCCUUGCGUUGGUCCUCCACUGCGUUGGCCAGCGAGCGCUGGACGAGCACGAUCCUGUCAGGGUGGGUCAGCUGGAGGUAGAGCUGUCCCUUUUUUCUGCUGACCUUGGACCAGUUCGUCAUGUUCUGGUCCCAUAACAAACCAGUGUUUCUCAAUUCUGGUGCUGCCCUGCACCUCAGUUUUCUUUGCUCUAGAAACCUGGAAUGUUUUUCACCCAAGAAAGAUUUGUCAUUUUUAGCCCAAAGGUAGGCCUGUCCAAUAGGAGAAGAGGUCAGGGGCAUUCUUAUUGGUCAUCCUCACUUUGGGCUUAUCCAGCUUGCUAAAUGAGUUUGACUGAACAUGUUGAAGUGGGCAAAAUACUAAACUGUGCAAGGCACUUGGCCAGGAUUGAGAACCACUCAACAGUCAGCAGAGAAACCGCAAACAAAAACUGGACAGUGCCCACCAGCUCGGAUUGGUCUGGCCUGCUGUUGUAGGUGUUGCGUAAUUCUGGUCAUGUUUAAGCUGACAGGAGUACAAACACUCAGCUCAGCAAUGAAGGAUGAAACCAGUGCAUGAUCCUCCAUUCUUUUCUAGCAGAGUUUGUGUACAUCUAAUCCAUAUUGUGUUUUCUUGCUCACAUCUGUCCGUACCCCUUGUAUAGCUUCUGGUGCUAUAAUAAAGUCUAUGAUUAAA